ACAUGAAGUAUUGCAAUUCCUAAUAAAUCUUGGCUCUUGGCUUGGUGUGGCAUUCAUAGCCAAAAAAUUUAUCGUGAAAUGUUUUUUUCUAUAUUUCUUUGCCUCUGGCAUUUAGUAUGGCUACAGGUUGUCCAGCCAGGUCAGUCUGAUGCUUCUCCUGGUUUAUAUAUAUUUACAAACUCUCAUCGAUACAUCAUUAAUGCGGGUGAAAAUACAUUAAGGAAUUUUCGCAUGGGUGGAUUACCAUCAAAGGGACUUGACAAGAUGUUCAUGACUGGCUCAACAAUCAAUCACAUUGGUGGUUUGACGAACAUGCUUCUAGCGACGCAAAAUGAUAAUUUUUCGGUCGAUAAACUUGUCGAUGUCUACGGGCCACCUAAUCUGGAUGCAUUCUUACAAACAAUACAGAAAUCUUUUCAGUACAUGAGUAAGUUCGAGUUUGUAAAACCUCACCAGAUUGAGGAACGAAUAAAGUGGCUGGAAAUUGCGAGUGAUGAUAAUUUUCAAAUUUUCGCCUUUGCUACAAGCGAUGGUUCGCAAGAGAACGGUCGGACGAUUUUCCCAAAUCUUGCCGUUUCUUACGCGUUUUUAUUACAAGAACCACUACGAAGAGUUCGCAUGGAUGUGGCAGAGAAUCUUGGCCUGGGGCAGGACGUUUUGAGCAACGUUAUAGAAAAGUGUCAAAUGGGAUAUUCUGUUGAUUUACCUUGUGGAACACAGAUCAAUCCAGAUGACAUCCUUCAUCCGACGCCACGUCGACAAUCAUUUGUUGUCAUAGAUUGUCCAUCAAAACAAGUCCUGAACAAAUUAUCUUCUUUCAUGUCACGUGAUUUCUUCUCAAGUGAUUUGCACACUCACGUGGACAUAGUAAUUCACAUGACCGGAAAAGAUAUAGCAAAUUCCAUGGAAUACAAAUCUUGGAUGACAACGUUUGACCCAGAAACGAAACAUCUUAUGAUGAAUGAGCACGUGAUUGAAAGACCAGCUUUCACCGUCUUUGAUGAAGUUUAUGAUAGGUUAAAUAAACUUCACGUGAACAUUUUCCCGCCGCUGUACUAUUCAUUGUUUAUGGAUAAAAUUCACUCUGGUUUUAAAGAUUUUCCUGAGGGUUCUGUCCAUUUUGCUGCUCCGACUUUGAGGUAUAAUUUUCGGCCUAUAGCCUUUGAAGGCUUUGAACAAAACUUGAUGGCUGUAAAAGCUGUAAAUGAAAAAGAAUCGUCGGCAAAUGGAAGUCGUUCAAAUGUGUUCGCAAGCUCUACGUUGAGCAACGAUUUUCAGGUUGUUUUCCUUGGAACUGGUUCACGUAUUUCAUCAAAUCUUCGCAACACUAGCGGGGUUUUGUUGAAUUUGAGUGAUGAAACGUCCAUUUUAAUGGACUGUGGCGAAGGGACGUUGAGACAGAUGUUUUAUCAUUACGGAGACGAUGUGAACACGAUGCUAAAGCGAAUCCGUACCGUGUUUGUCUCCCAUAUGCAUAUUGACCAUCAUUUGGGUCUUGUCAAUAUUUUACGACAUCGUAAGAAGAUUAUGGGUGGUUCAAGUUUCGUAAGAAUCAUUGGUCCAGAAACUUUGGAUUUAUACUUAAGAUAUUUUGAAAUGAUGUGUGGUGAAACUUUCAACUUCAGGUUCACUCAGUUUUGGUGGGUGAAAAGAGGAUUGGGGAAGAAAGAAGGCAAACAAUUUAGUCGCUCUUUGGGAUUUUCUUCUAUUUCUGUUGUCCCUACGAAACAUAGUGAUUACUCUCAUGGUUUGGUACUUGAACGCAGUGGAUGGAAAAUUGUUUAUUCUGCUGACACAAGACCUUGUAAACAGUUAAUUGAUGCCGGUGAAAAUGCGACAUUACUCAUUCACGAGGCUACAUUCGAUGAUAAACUGCUUUACAGAGCGAAAGAAACUGCCCAUUGUACCGUAUCUGAAGCAAUCAAAUGUAGUGAACUGAUGAAAGCCGAGUACACGAUUUUAACACACAUCAGCAAUCGACAUAUUUUCCCCUGUAAAUCUUCAAGACUGCCUCAUCACGUGAGCUUCGCUUUUGAUCACAUGACGGUGGAGCAAAAAGAUCUUAGAAAUAUUCGUGGAAUAAUGGCAAAUGUUGAGAGAACCGUUGUAUACCAAUGGAAGAAAAAAAGAAGACAGAAGCAAGCUGUUAAAUCUGGGGAGGGGAGGGGAGUGUAAAUUUCCCUGAUACCAACCAAUUGAGCUAAAACAACUGUCAAACUACACAUUUCUCGGGAAUUUAUACAAACCCACCUAAACUCUGACAUUUGAAGGGACAGCGAGAUGCACAAAGGAGCCACCAAAAUCUACAUCCAAACUAGACUGGUUAGACCAAACGACGUCUCACAAAAACUAGGGCCUCCCAACAAAAUCAUCCAUAGUUCAGUUCCCCUUCUUUAGUAGUAAAGUUGCAUGUUCAUUCGUACCUUCCCUAGUCAAUUUUUCUGUAAAAAAUCCAUACGUGUGAUACAUACGUAUGCUAGAUGUAACCACAUAGUUACCUUAAAAUUUGAAUGUCCUUUGUUGAAUUGUUGUACCUACCAAAGCCAUCAUUAGAGAAUAUACAUAAUAUUGAUCCUAACACAGUUUUAUAUGCACAUGUGACUGGAGGAGAUCGGAAAUCGCCCCUUCAGGAUACUAGUCGGCUGCUCUACCUGUUGAGCUAUCAAGCCCACAGUGAUUCCAAGGCCAUCAUCAGAUAAUAUACAUAAAGUCAAAACAUUGUGCCAUCCAGGAGAACUGCUAUUUUGGCAAGAAUCUCUUAUCCAUAUGCAGUUUAAAAGAAAUUUGACUUGUCUCCAAACCCUGUGGGCAAGGUAACUCAACAUGUAGAGCGUCGGACUAAUAUACAAAGGUAUGAGUUCAAAUGUGGUCCAAGUCACAUGUUUUUCAUGUGUAUAUAAAACCAUGUUAGGAUUAAAUAUUUUGUACCUACCAAUUGUGUAACUUUUGGUAUGAAGUAGUUGAGAGGAUGAAGUAUGUAGGUUGCAUUUGAAUUUUCCAAAAAGUCAACUAUCCUGAAAACACUCUCCUGCCCACUUAAAUUCUGCUCAAACCACUCCCCAGGAUUCACCUCCCUGUAAUAUGUGUCUGUGUGUAGUGUUGCUUAGCCUAACCAUUCCAGCUUAACUUGCUUUGAUUUUUACUUAAAGUUUCAUUUCGUGGCCGAAUGUUAAUGGGUGAGAAAGUUGCUAUACCAGAUGGAUACAGUGGCUGUCUUCUCAGGGAGAAUAGUAAACCUGUCACUGAUGACCAGGAUAGAUCUUUUCGAGCUAUAAAAAGAUUUUCUGAAUUCACACAUUGGAAUCUUGAGGAUAGGCCUUGUUUAAAUGACAAGAUCAGAAAAGCAAUGCAAUGGAUUUACAUUUCUUCAGCGAUACAUCAACCUGUGAAGACUGACACUGUUAUGGCAAAAAUUACAUAACAAAGGUUAAAGUGGUAAUUUGUAAUUCUUACCUCAGGAUGGAGAAGAAUGAUGUUUCAAAAUGUUCUUCCUCUGAUGAACUAGAAGAAGAAUGUACAUUUCAUUCAAUUUCAAUUUUUAUUGAAAUUUUGUCUCAAUCAUAAUUGAUCGUUAAUCUUUUAGUUCGAUUGAUUUCAAUCCAAACCAAAAUCUGUAUAUAACAUGUACAUUGUAAAGCUACCAUUGGUGCUGCUUUCUUUAACAUACGUAGAUUGUGGAAGAGAAAGUGAGUUGUGGAUUGCUUGUGUUUUGCUGUUUCCUGGUAGAGAAUAGUGUUAUCUUUUGUCUGCAACACAUAUACGUAUAAUUCUUUAAAUUACUGCGAUCUCGUGGUUGUCUUUUUAAUAAUAUUUUAUGAGUUAAAA